AACAGAUAGUUGCUUAGAUUAAGGCGUCAUUAUUUUCACUUUCCUUGUUUAUUUUUGAACCCUUCCAAAUUCCAAACUAUUCUUUGGACGUGGAACCCCUAAAAAACGGACUAAUGCCCGUGGCAGUGAAACUUGUGGAGGCCUUGACCCUGGUCACCAUCAUGGGGGUGAUCCUGUGCAUCGGCCUCAGCGUGGUUAUGGCCCAGCACACCAUCAGCAUGAUUGUAACGUUUCUGCAGCCCGCUGCGAAUAUAGCCAAUGUGGCUUUGGUAGUGACGGAGAAAAUCCUGGUGUCCAUGCUGCUUGGCAUCCUGACACUGACUAAUGUGGUGCUAAAAGCCUUGGCCGCGGCUGCAUAAAAGGAUCAUUAUGUUGUCUGAAUCGAAAAUUAUCAGUAUAUGUACGUGGUUUCUGUCUGACCCAGGAAGGAAAAGGAAAACCGGCGGCGGCAUCGCUCUCUUUACUAAUAUUCAAUCAAACAAUUUAACGCCCCAAUAAACAUUUCUAACCUGCGGCUGGCCCAAAAAUAAAAUAAAAACCGAAACUCGCUCAAUUGCACCAAAUUUGCGCCUGGCCAGAAAGGAGGAGCACAAAAAAAUAUAUAUAUUUUUACCACAAAAGCCAAUUUGGGGCCGCGCGAGUUUCAACUGCGCUCGAGGAUGAACAUCGCUUUUGAAGCUGCCUUUUAAAUACACUUUCCAAGGGGUUAAUUUAAAUUUUUAUUUAUUUU